GAGGCCAGGAUGCUGCGCAAGCCGCCGCUUUGAACUAUGGAAGGAGUUCUGUACAAGUGGACCAAUUAUAUCACAGGUUGGCAGCCUCGCUGGUUUGUUCUAGAUAACGGGAUAUUGUCUUACUACGAUUCACAGGAUGACGUUUGCAAGGGCAGUAAAGGAAGCAUAAAGAUGGCAGUGUGUGAAAUCAAAGUUCAUCCAACAGACAGCACAAGAAUGGAGUUAAUAAUCCCAGGGGAACAGCAUUUCUACAUGAAAGCCGUCAAUGCGGCUGAACGACAGAGGUGGCUGGUAGCACUGGGAAGCUCAAAAGCGAGUUUGGCAGACUCCAGAACAAAGAAAGAAAAAGAAAUUAAUGAAACCAAUGAAUCUCUGAAAACCAAAAUGUCUGAACUUCGCCUCUACUGUGAUCUCUUAAUGCAGCAAGUGCAUACGAUACAAGAAUAUGUUCACCAUGAUGAGAGUCACUCGUCGCCAAGCAUUGAGAACAUGAAUGAAGCUUCCUCCUUGCUCAGUGCCACCUGCGACACAUUUAUCACGACCCUGGAAGAAUGUGUGAAAAUAGCUAAUGCCAAGUUUAAGCCGGAGAUGUUUCAGCUGCCUCACCCGGACCCCCUCGUCUCUCCCGUGUCUCCUUCACCUGUACAAAUGAUGAAACGUUCCGUUAGCCAUCCUGGUACUUGUAAUUCAGAAAGGGGCAGUCACUCAGUAAAAGAAUCGAUCUCUUCAUCCCACCGAUUAUCACAGCGGUGCAGAAGAACGUUGUCAGAAACAGAGCCUUCUAUAGAUCCUCACCAUGAAGAUAUAGACAGACAGCCCUACUGUCCCGGGGGUACUCUCAACGGGGAUUUGGUGUCUCCAGCCAUUCCUGAAGCAACUUUCACAGUGUCUAAGAAGCAGUCCAGGCUUGAAGAGACCCUUCCACCGACUUCCUGA